AUGAUCAAGACUUUGUUCUAAAAAAAUGGAUUCGUUUCAUAGCAAUUGGAACAAAGGAUUAAAUUAUAAAUAAACUCAUUCCAAAUAGCUGAUUUCCCUGUCGAUUAGAAUCUAGUCUUAUUUGCAAUAAAUAAUCAUUGCAUCGUCUUCAAAACAAAUAGGAACAAGUUAUAUAGAUUAAGAUAUAUGAAUCGAAUAGCCAAAUCAAAACAGAAAUUGAAAGCAAUAAAUAUUAUUGAUCAAUUUUGA